AUGGGGGAGGUUCUGGAACAGUUCUUCAUUUUUGUAGGGCUGCUGGUGUGCCUGGUCUACCUGGUGAAGUGUGUGAGAUUCUCCAAAUGUAUUUUCCUGCGCUUCUGGAAAGUUUUGCCAAGAUCUUUCUUGAAAUCAAUGGGACAGUGGGCAGUGAUCACUGGAGCAGGAGCCGGGAUUGGGAAAGCUUAUUCAUUUGAGCUAGCAAGACAAGGACUCAAUGUUGUGCUUAUCAGCCGGACACUGGAAAAACUACAGGCCGCUGCCGCGGAGAUUGAGAGGACUACAGGGAGGAGUGUGAAGAUUAUACAAGCAGAUUUUACCAAAGAUAACAUCUAUGAGCAUAUUAAAGAAAAACUUAAAGACUUGGAAAUUGGAAUUUUAGUCAACAAUGUCGGAAUGCUUCCAGAUCUUCUCCCGAGACAUUUCCUUCAUUCACCGGAUGAAAUCCAGAGCCUCAUCCAUUGUAACAUCACCUCAGUAGUGAAGAUGACACAGCUCAUUCUGAAGCACAUGGAAUCAAGGCAGAAAGGUCUCAUCUUGAACAUUUCUUCUGGGGUGGCCCUCUUUCCGUGGCCCAUAUACUCCCUGUAUUCGGCUUCCAAGGCUUUUAUGUACACGUUUUCCAAGGCACUGCAAGCAGAAUAUAAAGAGAAAGGGAUCAUAAUCCAGGUGCUGACCCCAUAUGCUGUUUCAACCUCGAUGACAAAAUAUCUCAAAGCCAACGUGAUAACCAGGACUGCCGACGAGUUUGCUAAAGAAUCACUGAAUUAUGUCACGAUCGGAGAUGAAACCUGUGGCUGCCUCGCCCACGAAGUCUUGGCGAGCUUUCUGAGCCAGAUCCCGUCGUGGGUCUUCUACAGCAGUGGGUUCAGGAAGCUGCUCCUGACUCGCUACGUGGGCCACCUCAAGCAGCACUCCAGCACCCGGUAGUCCGGCAGGCAGAUGCGCCAUCCAGCAGUGCUUUCUUCACCCAGUGUGCGUUGGCUGUAGAGGACCAAGCAGCAGACCAGCACCGCCACCCCCUGA